AUGGCCGCUGCCACCGCUGACUACAAGCUCUUCACGCCGCUCAAGCUCGGUGACGACCUCGAGCUCAAGAACCGCAUCGUGUUCGGCCCGCUCAGUCGUGGCCGUGCCAAUGCUGACCGCGUGCCUUCGGAAAACAACGAGAUCUACUACGAGCAGCGCGCGGGUGCUGGUCUGAUCAUCUCUGAAGCCACCGCCAUCUCCGAGCAGGCCUACGGUUGGUACCGUGCUGCAGCCUGCUACAACGACGCCCACGUGGAAGGCUGGAAGCGCGUGACCGAGCGCGUGCACAAGAAGGGUGGCAAGAUCUUCUUGCAAAUGUGGCACAUGGGUCGCCAGAGUCACUCGAGUUUCAACCCGAAGGGCGAGAUCGUGUCGGCGUCGGCGCUGCGUCUUGAACGUGGCCACACGCGUGAUGCGAACUACCAAUCACAGGACUACGAGACUCCAC